AUGGCCGAGGACCCGAACCGUAGAAAGCGAUGGUACAGGAGACAAGCGAGAGACAAAGAAUUUCGUUUUCAAAAUAAAUCUUCAGACUCAGAAAGCCCAGGUUUGUCUGAAGGAUGCUCUCCCAAGAGAGCCUGUAACAAUCAGAGUUCUUCGCAGUCUGAUCAUAAUCAUAGCAGCUCUCCAGAAAGUAAUACCUCAUCGCGUGGAAACCAUGAAGAAAACGAUGGAGGUGGGAAUACAGAAUCAGAUAUAGGACUUGAUGAAUUUGCAGAGCAACUUCAGGACGGUAGCCGCUCACCAGUUGGGAGAAAUGUUGGAAAUGAGUUUGAUCCAACUGAGAUUGUACAGGAAGGUCCAAUUAAUGGAAAUCUUCCUGAUGAUAUGAACAAUGAAGCUGGAAAUUCUCCACGUAAUGUUAGACCUCUUCGACCUGAUUCUGGAUCACCAGAAAGGGAUUCGGAACCCAGCCAAUCACCCAACAAUAAUGAAUCUGAGUCAGGCAGUUCGCAUUCUGUUGGAAGAGAAGGUGAUGAAGACAAUAGAGAAGAUGGGGAAGAGGAAGGAGUAGAAGGAAAUGUGGAAGAGGACAGAGAGUGGGGAGGGGGAGGGGAAGGUGGUGGAGGUGGAGGAGACAGUGGAGGAGACAGUGAGAGUGAAAGUGCAAGAGAAAAUGAAGAUAGUGAAAAUGAAGAUAGUGAACAUCAAGAAAGUGAAAAUCAAGAAAGUGACACAGAUGAAGAAGGUUUUGAGCAUGACAAUGAACCAAUCUACAAUGGUGCUCGAUUAACUUUCAGGGAAAGCAUGCUUGCCAUAUUAACUUUUAUUUUAAGUCACAAACUGACUGGACUUUGUGUAAGUGACUUACUAUCUCUUAUAGAGUUACACUGUGGUGCAAACAAUUUAUGUCUUACCACACUCUACAAGUUCAAAAAGUACUUCAAGAUUAUAGGCAAAAGAUUAAUAACAUGUCACUAUUAUUGCUCUGUUUGUGAAGUACCGUUAGUGGAUAAGAAUACAGUUUGCAGAAAUUGUAGAGGACGGCACAAAGUAGAUUAUUUCAUUGAACUUCCUAUUGUAGCCCAACUUCAGAGCAUGUUAAAGAGGCAGGGUUUCUAUGAAUCUUUGCAGUUUAGAUUUAACAGACAAAAGAAGUCUGUAGAAAACAUGGAGGACAUUUAUGAUGGCAUAGAAUAUCAGCGACUGUUUCGUUCUGGUUUCCUAUCAAAUCCCAAUAACUUGAGCUUUUUCAUGUAUUUUGAUGGCAUGUCAUUAUUUAGGACUUCGUCUCUUCAAAUUUGGCCAAUUUUUCUAACGAUAAAUGAAUUGAGGUAUGUAGAAAGAACUAAGAAAGAAAAUGUAAUUUUAGCUGGUAUUUGGUUUGGUAAAUCAAAGCCCAACCCUAGUCUGUUUCUCAAACCAAUAUCUGACUCUCUAAAAAAUCUAGAGGAGAAUGGGGUUCAGAUGGUGCUACCAAAUGGACAGCAUAUCUCAAUGAAAGCUAAACUUAUUGGUGCGACAGCUGAUAUGCCAGCAAAAUCACUUUUCAUGCGAUUUAUUCAAUUCAAUGGGGCUUUCUCCUGUUUUAGCUGUAUGUCACAGGGUGGUCGCUUUGAUUUGGGCAAUACUACAGUUCAAGUGUUUCCUUAUUCAAGAAAUUUUGAACUGAGAAACAAUGAUGACAUACCCAAUUAUGCAGAACAGGCCCUUGUAGCAAGGCAAGUUGAUAAUGAUGCAAGUGUCUAUGGUAUUAAAGGUCCAUCUUUGUUAUUUUCCAUGUUACCAAAUAUGAUAUCUUGCAUGGCCAUUGAUAUUAUGCAUGGGGGAUUUCUAGGAGUCAUGAAAACUUUGAUGAAUCUAUGGUUUGAUACACAGUAUUUAAGAUUUGAAUUCAACAUAUCAGCUUUAGUUCAUGUGGUAGAUGCCAGGUUAAAAUUGAUCAAACCUCCAUUUUCUUUUAAUAGAGUACUUAAGAGUAUAAAAAAAGAACUCUCUCAUUUUAAUGCAUAUGACUACAAAAUGUUUUUGUUUAAUUAUUCAUUACCAGUUCUAUUGGAUAUUUUACCCUUAAGAUAUUGGCAUCACCACUGCCAUCUUGUGACUGCUUUUGCUCUUUUAAGUCAAAAUAGUAUUUCAACAGAAGAAAUAGACCAGGCCGAAGAAUUGCUUCAUACAUAUGUAUCUGAUUUCCAAGACUUGUAUGGAAUAAGGCAUCUAUCUCUGACAUUUCAUCAACUUUUACAUAUGGCAAAGUGCGUCAGAAAUUUAGGCCCAUCCUGGGUAUAUUCAUGUUUCUUUUAUGAAAGCUUGAAUGGUCAAUUUGGCAGACUUGUCCAUGGUAGUAGACAUGUAGCAUUGCAAAUUAGUUCAUCAUGCUCUGUUUUAAUGAAUUUACCCACUAUGCUAAAUGCUAUGACUGCUGGGGAAGCCAAAACAUUAUGUCAGAAAUUUGACAAAUCAUUAAAACAGCACGUGCAAAUUACUGAAAUAAUUGAUGACAAUACAGGGGUUGUUGGUAAGUUGACAAUAUUUUAUCCACUGCCAAUACUCAUAAGAAAUCUACUAAGAAACCUCGACAUUAUUGGUGGACGGUACAAACAAUUCUCAAAGCUUAAAAUAAAAAAUACUAUUUAUUGUACUGAAUCUUAUGUUCGUUCUAGCCAAAGGCGAUCUUGUUUCGCAGAAAUUAUUCAUGGUGACACUCCAUAUUUAUGUAAAAUUAAUAACUUUAUUAGGUGGUCAUCUUGUCGAUAUAAUUGUCCAGUUGGAUGUCAAGAUUGUCCUAUGAGGUAUGUGUGCAUUGUCUCUCUCUAUGAACGACAGCUUUGGGAGAUACACAAUGCAACCAAUAACUUAUUAAGUGUUUUUAAUGUACAUAAAGUCUCAGCCACUAAUGAAAAGCGAGCUUUUCCCAUUGAGUCAAUAAGUUCUGUGUGUCUUUACAUGCCAAUAGAUGGUAAAGAAUAUCUUAGCCUUCCAGUCAACACAUUAGAGAUAGAAUAGUUUCCUGAGAAUUAAAAAUUGUCUAUCUCAGUCUU